AUGAAUGGAGAGUUGUUUGCCUAUAAAACCGAUGGUUUUGGGGAUGGUUUGGGGAAAGGGCCUAUUUGGAAGUCAUAUUUUGGACAGCCAGUUCUACAGAUCUGUUGCUAUGAAAGUACGAUAUUCAUUCUACAUCCAUUCAGUGUCUCCGUUGGACAGAUAAAUACAGGUUCCGCAGAACCUCCUUGUUUUGAAAUUUCUGGUGAAGUCAAACAGCUCAGUUCAGUGAAUCAAUGCAUAUACCAAAUGAUGAAAAUGAGUGAAAUUACCAACACCUUAAUAAUCGCCACUUCUAAUGGCAGACUAACAAUGUACAACUUGCCUGAUCUCAAUAUCUAUGAUGAAAUUAACCUUGAACAUAAAAUACAGACUUUUGAUAUGAUGUUAAAUUAUUUAGUUGUUUCAACUAACAAUAGGGAAAAUGAAAUCUUUGAUACAUCGUGUAGAAAAUUCAUACACUUGAAGAAACAGAGUUCUGGCUUUAAAUAUCCAAUUACAACAGCAAUCAAAAUUCUCAAUUCAACCACCGACAUGAACGAUUUGCCCCAUGACUUGAUCUUUGCUCAGGCCGGGUUGGAAGGGAAAGUUUCAAUUGUCACUACUACAAUCGAAUCUCAAACAGAACCAACAGUCACUCUAAAUACAGCUGCACGAUCUGCACCAAUCUCAUCGUCUGUUACUAAUCCUUCAGGGAUAUACAUCCCACAUGACGAAAAGAAAUUUAUUUUCCGUGCACAUAGAUCGACUCUUUCCGAUAACAACAUCUUGGUUGGACCAAUUUACUCACUGAGUAUGGUCAACGGAUACUUGGUUACAUCUGGCUACGGCGGAGAUAACAAACAAGGCGGGAAAGUUGAAGGAAGUGUAUGUUUCUGGGAUAUUAACCACAAACGUCGGGUAAAACUGUGUCGAGGAUUCCCCCAUAGUGUUGUGCAAACCUGCUCCUGGAAUACAGAGUCAGGUAAAUCCAUCCUAGUCUGUGGUUGCAGCGAUGAUUCCUUCAAAAAUAUGCCAGUUCCAGCAGAGUCUUCCAGCUUUGUUCAUACUGUUCCUCCUAGCUCUAUUGUUGUCAUGGUGCUGGGCGAACGAAAAUGGUAA